UCCGAUUGAAACAGGAUUUUUAAAUGCAUGUAAACAGCUUAGACCGACUGAAAUUGGACUAUACGUUGCUCGACUAACACACCGAGAUAAUUCCAUUGAAAAUCGAACUAUUGCUGCAUGUAUCCACUUAGUCCGACUGGAGCCGGACUCGGCGUUCGGCGCAACACCACUUUUUCUUUAGCGGGCUUUCACCUCGAAGAGGAAGGAGAUGACAUAGCAGCAGAUCAGUAUCUCCUGGAAAAACAAACAAACACCAUGGUGACCGAGAAGCAGAAGACGCACUUCUGGACGGACAAGGAAACUACAGUCAUCUCCGCCAUCUUCAUUCAUCGUUAGCUUCCUCUUCGGGUCAACCAGAACCAGUUCUAUAUGCACUAUGUUAAAAAGGACACAGCACCACCCAUCAAAGCGGAGUCAGGCGUACUUGGUCAGAAAUUUGAUUUUCUCUUCUGCAUGUUUACUCAGACAAGACAAGAAGUCCGACUUGACUGAUUAGCCUGUAAAAGUACUGAGUGACGGACAGUGGCAGCAGUGAACCUGCAGCUCAGAGUUUUGCUGAGUUGAAUGUUUCUGAGUCUGGAUUUAAUUCAAGAUGUCUCUGUCAAUAAAGUUAACCGUACGUAAAACAGGAAAAUAUUCAUAAAACCAACCGUACGUAAAACAGGAAAAUAUUCAGAAUAAACACUUUAACUGAUGAGUUUUUAGUCUUUUUUUUCUUUUUUAAGUCUUUAAGAGAGCGUUUGCUUCGAGCCUCUGUCACAGAUGAGUUAUGUUUGUUACAGUGAGGUGCAGAAGGCAGUGAAUGCAGCCCAGAACCUCCAUCACAGAUGGCGUGAGCUGCUGCAGGAGGGGGGCGGAGCCUCCAAGGAGGAAAUGGACUGGACGACCAAUGAGCUGAGGAAUAGUCUGCGCUCCAUCGAGUGGGACCUGGAGGACCUCGACGAGACCAUCAGCAUCGUUGAGUCCAACCCAAAGAAGUUCAACCUGGAUGCAGCCGAGCUGUCGAAGAGGAAAGCCUUCAUCACCAGCACCAGACACACUGUUAAGGAAAUGAAAGACCAGAUGUCGAGUCCAGCUGCUGCCUCAGUAGACAUAAAGAACAAACAGGCUCUGCUCGGUGAGCGUGGUGCUCAGGGUCCAAUCUGGCAGCCUGGUCCUGAUAAAUACAGCAGACUGGACCGUCAACUGCAGAACGCCAACUCGCAGUUUAUAGAGGAGCAGCAGGCCCAGCAGCAGCUGAUGGCGGAGCAGCAGGAUGAACAGCUGGAGCUUGUGUCAGGAACAAUUGGAGUCCUGAAGAACAUGUCGGAGAGGAUCGGCAUGGAGCUGGAUGAACAGGCCGUGAUGCUGGAUGACUUCACUCAUGAGGUGGACAACACUCAGUCCAGGUUGGACAACGUCAUGAAGAAACUGGCCAAAGUGUCUCACAUGACCAGCGAGUACGUCUUAAAUCUGCAUCUACUGGACCCUACCGGACUCUACUGAACUCUUCUGGACCCUACCGGACUCUACUGUACUCUUCUACAUCCUACCGGACUCUACUGAACUCUUCUAGACCCUACUGGACUCUACUGAACUCUUCUGGACCCUACUGGACUCUACUGAACUCUUCUGGACCCUACCCGACUCUACUGACCUCUUCUGGACCCUACUGAACUCUUCUGGACCCUACCAAACUCUACUAAACUCUUCUGAACCCUACCGGACUCUGCUGAACUCUUCUGGACUCUGAUGGCUCACUUUGUGUGAAACCAUGAAACAAAAGCAGAAACAGUUCAGUCCAGUAAAAUCCUGGUCCUGAAGCAGCUGGACUGAAGACACUUUGGACGAUACCAUUCUGGGAUUUAAAGGUUUUAAUCAAUGACCUAUGUCAUCCUAAGGGCAGGUAACACACCUGAGGACAGGUAACACACCUGAGGGGCCAAUCAGGCUUCUGGAGAAAUAGGAGACUGAAGCUUUAAUGUAGUUUAACAUCAACACAAACUUCAGAUUAGUCCCAGUUUAAUCCCAGUUUUAUUCCAGUUUAAUCCCAGUGUAACUCCAGUGUAAUCCCAGUUAAAAUCCAGUUUGAUCCCAGUUUAAUGCCAGUUUAAAUCCAGUUUAAUCCUAGUUAAAUCCCAGUUUAAUACCAGUUUAUACCCAGAUUUAUCCCAGUUCCCUGUUCAAUCCUAGUUCAACUCCAGUUCAAACCCAGUUUAAUCCCAGUUUAACUUCAUCUUUUCUUUUAAUGUGCAAAAUAAAAUUAAACAAGCAAGUUUCUUGACUUUUUAAAUCUGGAAAUCAGUCUCUUUGUACCGUUACCACUGGACCCUGCUGGAGUAUACUGGACUCUAUUCAAUUCAAUUUUAUUUAUAAAGCCCAAUAUCACAAAUCACAAUUUGCCUCACAGGGCUUUACAGCAUACGACAUCCCUCUGUCCUUAAGACCCUCACAGCGGAUAAGGAAAAACUCCCCAAAAAAAACCCCUUUAACGGGGAAAAAAAAAACGGUAGACUCUACUGAACUGUAAAGGCACUUUGGUUCUUUGAGUGUUAGACUGUUAGAGGUCAAAGGUCAAACCAGUUACAAACAUGUUAAAUGUGUUUUAAUGUUUGUUUUAUUUAAAGGGCUGAACAUCACCAGUUUAACCACAGUUUAAUCCCAGUUUUACUUCAGUUUAGUUCCAGUUUAAUCCCAGUUUCACUCUAGUUUAAUCCCAGAUUGACUUCAGUUUAACUCCAGUUUAAUCCCAGUUUAACUCCAGUGUAAUCCCAGUUUAACUCCAGUUAAUUCCAGUUUAACUCCAUUUUAACUCCAGUGUAAUCCCAGUUUAACUCCAGUUAACCCCAGUUUAACUCCAGUGUAAUCCCAGUUUAAAGUACGGGCGAUGUAAAGUCAGAGGCGUCUUUCUGAGCAUGUUAAUGACGCGUGAACUGGGUGCGACUGCAUCAAACUGGUUUUCAUGGUUUCUGUGUUUCUGAGUCUGUGGGCAGAGCUAAAAUGAUCCCACCUACCUGACCCCUCUGUGGGCGGGGUUAAUUGUCUCAGUGAAUUAUUUGAGUCAUUAUCAUAAAUCCGCCUCCGCACGAUAUAAUCACUACAGCAGGUAGCAUCACUUCUUCAGUCUGAGUUACAGCGCUCAUCGUUACAUCGUUUUUCUGUCACUUGACAAACUCAGAAAACCUGGAUUUUAAAUAAACAUGAGUCUGGAUGUUAAUCCCAGUUUAACACCAGUUUAAUCCCAGUUUAACUCCAGUUUAACUUUGAUGUAAUUCAUGGUUCUGGUCGGAGUUUGUUUCUUAGGGCGGGGUUUGUUGAUUGUGGAAAAUAACACUAAACUUUACGUUUUUGUUUACAGUUUGUGUUUGUUUGUUUUACUGACUGAAUCUUUUUGUUUUGAUUUUGUUUUCCUGAACUGUUUAUUUUACUGCUUUUAUUUUGAAGUUCUGAAUCAGCACAUUGAUCAGUGGGAACUUCCUGCUGCGGCUGCUUCACAAUAAAUGCUUUUCACCAGUGAAACUCUGGAAGGCUUUUACUGUGAAGCAGCUGCAGGAAGUGCAUCCUGAAGGUUAGCGUCCGUUUGAUCAGGUGACAGCAGCCAAUCACAUCAGAGUUAUGGUACGCGUGGCAGUGAAACGUCACGGUGAUGACACGUAUUUCCUGUUAAAGACACAGUGUUCAGAGCUCAUCCAAUAAAAAUCUAUAUCAGACGUUAUUGGUCAUUAUCAGUGUUUAUUUAUAAAAUAAAUCAACUGUUACUGCUGCAAGACAAAAACAUGAUGAUAAAGAUGAAGAUGAUGAUGGUGAUGAUGUCAUUGAUAAUAAUAACCACUACAUGAUUUUGUUGAAAUGAAAGCAGCAGAUCAGUAACUGACUUUACUGAUGAAGACAUUUAGUUUAAAGUAAAAUUGUUCUUGAUCAGUUUAUCGGAUAUUGAUCAGUUUAACAGUUAUUGACCGGUUUAACAGUUAUUGAUCGGUGAAUGAAAACAUCUGCCUUCAUUUUUAUUUUAUCUGGACGUCAACAGUUUUAUGAAGCUGAAUUUUAUUUCAAUAAACUGAAUCAGAAAAUAAAA